AAAAGAAGCAUACUGAUCCACCAUAACAGCAAGUGACAAUUAAGUGGAAAUUCAGAUUAUUUUUCCCGUAUACUCCUUCCCAUGCAUUGGCAUGCAAUCAGCUCCAAAUCUGAUAUUUGGCAGGAUUUAUAUUUUCGAGGGCAGCCUGGAAUCGAGGCAAGACAUCACUAUAGCCCACUCAAUUUCACAGGAUGUUGACAGUGCAUGAGAGUUAAUAGCUAACUUGCAAAGGUGCAUUAAUAACUAUCAUAGAAUAUCUAGUCCCAGAUGAACUUGGUUAGAGUUCUCCUCCUGGCUGGCUUUAGCACUGCCAGUGCCACUGCCCAAUAUUCAGUGAGUGUGGAGAGACCAUGUCCAAUGGAUACAGUCACUUUCACCUGCACUGCUCUUGGAGAUGCCUUGAGAUGGGAGCCGUCAGAUGUUACUAGCAUCACUAUCCUCUCCACCUCUGAUCUCAAUGUACCCAUCGGUGUAUCAGGUUACACUGUGACACUGAUCGCAGCCAAUGAUACUAUAUUAACAUCUAAUCUGUCAAGAACAGCAAAGAAUGGGAUCACUGUGUCCUGUGUGGGGUUUGUGCCUACUUUAAAUACUAUAGGAUCUUCAACAAUUAAUUUGGUUGAUUUUCCAGCACCACCUUCCACCGUAAGACACUUCACUCUGAGCAGCUCAGCCAAUAAAGUUAGUGUACCUGUACAGUGGGACCCUCCUACUGAGACUGGUGGUAGAGAUGACCUCACCUACAUAGUGACUGUCUCACCUCCGGCCCAGCUCUCUACUACUGUCCUCACAUCCACCUCUGUCACUAUGACUUCUCAAUACAAUGUGGACUACACUGUCAGUUUUAUGGCUAUCAAUUGUGCUGGGAACAGUACAACUGUUGAGUACAACUUCAGGAUUGAAAUCUGUCCUGUGUUGACUACUGACCCCAUGAACGGAGCCUUUGAAACAGUCACUAGCAGAUUGCCAGGAUCUGAAGUAAUUGUCCAAUGUGAUGCUGGGUUUGGGUCUCCUAAUACUAUGGUGACAUGUAAUGGUCAAACACUGAUGUGGAGUCCUGACCCUGAAGCUAUUGUGUGUUCACCAAUAAUCCAGCCUCCUCCUUCAACUCGUCCUCCAAUGAGGUGCACUGUUCAACUAGGCCCACCACAGAACGGUACCAUUAGUGAUCAUUCUGUACCAGCUGUUCCCGCUACACAAGUUACAUUCCAGUGUGACAAUGGACUGUUCCCUGAGGGGAUAAUGACUGCCACCUGUCUAGCUACAGGAGAGUGGGACAAGAAUCCGGGGGAGAUUAUCUGCGGAGGCAAGUCUCAACCUCUCACCUUAUUCACUCGUACUGACCUUGGUACUGCUGUUUCCGUUAGUGUGGUUGUCACGACAGCUCUGUUCACGAUCAUUGGAUUUGGUCUUGGUCUCCUGAUAAUGUAUUUGUUCAUGCGGAAGAAAAUUGUGUAUCUCCUAGCUAAGAAGCAAACUAACGUUGGACCCACUGUACCAGCUGGUCCUAUUUAUGAGGAGGUGUUACCCAAAGAGGAGAUUAAACUGAACUCUAAUCAAGCAUAUGGACCAGUGGGACUGUGA